AUGACAAUUAAAGUUCAUUUGCUUUCUUGUGGUCAAGUGUUUGGUCAACUAAAUCUCCGCAGACGUGGAUUUCAUAACGUGGGAAUCCUUAAUCAAACCAAAUAUCUUUUCAGGCCGCUACGUAAAUCUGACGGCUCAUUUAAUUAUUCGCCCGAUAUCUAUUGUGAUAAGUAUGACGAAAACACUGGCAUUUGCCCAGAUGGCGACGAUUGCGUUUACCUGCAUCGGGUUUCCGGUGAUGUGGAGCGAAAAUACCAUUUGCGUUAUUAUAAGACUGCCCAAUGUGUACACCCAACCGACUCACGUGGACAAUGCAUCAAGAAUGGCGCACACUGCGCAUUUGCCCAUUCGUCGGCCGAUUUGCGACAACCUCAGUUUGAUCAACAUGAAGCGGGGUUCUCAACAACGGUUGAUGGAGAUGGACGAGAUAGGACAAGUUUUGUGAUUGAGGAUCCGUUGUGGCAUAGUCAGGAUCAUGUCUUGUCAUGUUACAAAACGGAACAAUGUCGAAAGCCAGCGCGGCUUUGCCGUCAGGGUUAUGCAUGUCCAUUCUACCACAACUCAAAAGAUCGGCGAAGACCUCCUGCAAUUUGCAAGUAUAGAUCAACUCCAUGUCCAGCUGCAAAAACCGUGGAUGAGUGGUUGGAUCCAGAACUUUGCGAAGCUGGUGACUCAUGCCAAUACUGCCAUACGCGAACAGAGCAGCAGUUCCAUCCAGAAAUCUACAAAAGCACGAAAUGUAAUGACAUGCUCGAGGUAACCGAAGUGUUCUUCGAUGCAAUUACUGGACUUGUUGUCAACAUUUCGGCUGCACUGAAGUUUUUGCAAAAAAAGGAAUAA